AUGGCCGCGCCGACGGGCAACAAUGCCAAUUUGACCGGCAAGAAACUCAAUGUCUUGGUCUACUCCGGUUCGCUCGCUCACUCCGCCCACCAAAUAAGCCGCUUGCUGACCGACAGCGGUACCACAGGGACCGGAACGACCGUUGACUCAGUCCGUCAUUGUCUCUACACCCUGCGCCGGCUGCUCGCCUCCCAUUAUGCCGUCACCCCGGUCACGGGUGACAUGCUCCUCAAGGAGCCUUGGACAGCGACCUGCGCUCUGCUGGUGAUCCCCGGCGGCGCCGAUCUUGGCUACGGCCGCACGCUCAAUGGCGCGGGGAAUCGGCGUAUCACACAAUUCGUGCGCCGCGGGGGACGCUACUUGGGGUUUUGUGCGGGUGGCUACUAUGGGAGCAAGCGCUGCGAAUUCGAAGUCGGCGAUAAAACUAUGGAAGUCAUUGGGGAGCGCGAAUUGGCGUUUUUCCCGGGCAUUUGUCGGGGCGGCGCGUUUCCCGGCUUCGUUUAUCAUAGCGAAGAGGGCGCGCGGGCGGCUGCGCUGAAUGUCUCGAAGGAGGCGCUGAGUAUUGGCAAUCCGCCUAUGCAAUUCCGAUCGUACUAUAAUGGUGGUGGUGUAUUUGUGGAUGCUCCCAAGUAUAGGGACCAAGGCGUGGAGGUGCUGGCCAACUACGCCGAGGAACUCAAUGUUAAUCCGGGUGAGGGCGCAGCUGCUGUUGUGUACUGCGAAGUUGGUGACGGCGCUGCCAUUCUGACCGGGCCGCAUCCAGAGUUUGCCGCAGCAAAUCUCGACCCAAAGACUGGAGGACCUGGAUUCAAAGAUGUCGUUGAUGCUAUUACUGCUGACGACAAAGAACGUACUGACUUUUUAAAAGCCUGUCUGUCUAAGCUUGGCUUGCAAGUUGCGCAGGAUACAUCAACAGUUCCCUCGCUGUCGUCCUUGCAUAUCUCUGGCCUGGAUGCUGAGGAGCCACUGGAGAUCCUGUCUUUACUCGCCCCAUCCCUGACGAACGAGAACGGUAACGAAUACCUAAAGGAUGAGAAUGAUACCUUCCGGAUUGAGCGUCCGGGCGCAUGGAACCUAAGCGAACUGGAGACUUCGCUUCCCAGCGAUGGCAUUGUCGAUUAUCAGGCAGUCACCAAGCGACUUGUGAUCCACGAUGAUCUCCCAUCUUCGAAGCUUACGCCUUACUUCAACCACCACGCAUUUUACGCUAAUCUGCAACAAUACCAAUCUGAAUCUCGAGAAGGUGCCUCGAAAUUUGGAUCGAAUCUCAUGUACGGCGAGGUUGUGACGAGUACCAAUACUAUUCUAGAGAAGAACACGAAUCUUCUUCGUCUGCUACCGCAAGGAUUCACCGCCACAGCCACAGUCCAAGUUGCGGGCCGAGGACGAGGCUCCAACGUUUGGAUAUCGCCGGCCGGGUCACUGAUCUUCUCCACCAUCGUGAAACACCCCAUCGAGAAGAUACAAUCAGCGCCGGUGGUGUUUAUCCAGUAUCUAGCCGCUAUGGCCGUUGUGAAGGGCAUCAAGAGUUAUGCCAAGGGGUACGAAAAACUCCCGGUUAAAUUGAAAUGGCCGAAUGAUAUUUACGCUCUCGACCCCGAAGAUCCUGAACAGAAACGAUACACCAAAAUUUGUGGCAUUCUGAUCAACUCUCAUUUCAUGGCCAAUGAGUAUAUUUCUGUUGUCGGGAUCGGUGUGAAUGCCACAAAUGCCUCACCAACUACGGCACUAACGGCACUUGCCGCCCGCUAUGCCUCGCCGGGGGCUGCAGCGGCAUCACCUGUCACACUUGAGAAGCUGCUGGCCCGCAUCCUCACAACGUUCGAAGACCUGCAUACACGUUUCUUGAGAACCGGCUUUGAUCGUGCUUUUGAGGAGAUGUACUACGAUGACUGGCUGCACAUGCACCAGAUCGUCACUCUAGAAGAGGAGGGCGGCGCCCGGGCUCGCAUCCAAGGUAUCACUCGGGAUUAUGGACUGCUACUUGCCGAAGAGCUUGGGUGGAAUGACCGACCCACUGGGCGUGUCUGGCAAUUACAGAGCGACAGCAACAGCUUCGAUUUCUUGAAGGGUUUAGUGAAGCGGAAGAUCUAA